GCGAGAGCUGCAGGGGGCGGGGGAGGCCUUUGGCGUCCAGUCCGGGCCCGGGGGGAGCCGCUUCGGAGCUGCGCGGAGCAAGAAGGAAGAUAGAGUUGCUGGGCUCCCAGGCAGCCUGCACCCAGUCUCCAAGCAGUGGGAGCCAGGCUGGCAAGAUGAUGAUGCUGGAACCCUCUGGGAAGAAGGAACUGUUCUGUGCCUAGGCCUGCUCUGUGGCUAGGACAGCGUUUCAGGUCUGCCUGGCUUCUGUGGGAGCCAACAUGAACGUGGGCACAGCUCACAGCGAGGUGAACCCCAACACCCGGGUUAUGAACAGCCGGGGCAUCUGGCUCUCCUAUGUCCUGGGCAUUGGCCUGUUGCAUGUGGUCCUUCUGAGCAUCCCCUUCUUCAGCGUCCCUGUGGUCUGGACUCUUACCAACAUCAUCCACAACAUGAGCAUGUACAUCUUCCUGCACACGGUGAAAGGAACCCCCUUCGAGACACCGGAUCAGGGGAAGGCCCGGCUGCUCACUCACUGGGAGCAGAUGGACUACGGCGUGCAGUUCACAGCAUCACGCAAGUUCCUCACCAUCAUGCCCAUUGUGCUGUACUUCCUAACCAGCUUCUACACAAAAUAUGACCGGAUACACUUCAUAAUCAACACCAUCUCCCUCAUGAGCGUCCUGAUCCCCAAACUGCCGCAGCUUCAUGGUGUCCGCAUCUUCGGGAUCAACAAAUACUAAGCUUCAUGGAUGAAGUGAGCUGGCAGGGAGGGGGGCAGAAAUCCUUUCUCUUUAGUCCCGUUUUUCCUCCGUGCCACACUGGGAUACAAUUUCACGACAGCUGUUUAAAUGCAGUAUCCAGUAGACUUGUAUACCGCAUGCGGGAUCCUCAUGCCCAGUCAGUCUAAGCAGGCUCCAGAGUAGCAGAAUCCUGAGUAGAGUUUAGCAUGGAGCUGGAGGUCAUGGGCUAGACUUAUUUUACUCCAAUAUCACACAUAGAUGCAGGUGUGCUGAGACUUCAAGGUACAAAUAGGUUCAUUUGUGGGGAGGUUUCCAUCCAGCCUGUACACUAACUGGAGAGAGUGGCAAGGUGGGAGAAUGCCAUAAGAGCUGGUACUUAUUGCUCUGGCAAAUGCACUUUAAAAUAUACCUUCCCUUUUUGAGGCUGGACACCCUCACAAAGGGCUAUGUGGGGAAAUUAAAGAGGAUGUGGACGGAUUUCCCAGCUAGCUGGUCACUUGAAUUUUGUGGGGUAGAGUUUAUUUUUUAAACUUCUCUGCUGUCACUGGGAAAUGAACUGCUUUUCUAAUAAGAAAACAGGAAGGUGCUACCUCGUGUUUUGGGCAAGACUUUCCUGUUUUCCAUGGCACAUUUUAAUACAAUCCAUUGGGGGGGGGGGGAGUUGGCAGAUCCCAAAUCCCCUUUGAGGUCCCAUUCAUUCCUGUUACUUCAAGCUGUUACCAAUGUCUGUCUGUCUGGGCAUUUUUCUGAGGGGCAGUGGCUGUAUUUUAGAAUGUGGGGUGGGAGGUUCUGCCUCAUCUCAUGGGCCCCUUCCCAGCAAUAACCCCAUGCAGCACGUGGAGGAAGUGUUUAAGUCCUCUUUUGGUUUGUUGGAAAGUGUUACUAUUGCCUGAGCUAUUGAUGUGGAGAUUGGGACUAAGUGAGGGAGGCUGAGGACUGACGCGUGGACUCUAGCAAGCAACUGGUUGUUGCUUGGUAGUGGGCAUGCUGGUACAAACAGGGAUGUAGGAAUGGUUGGAGUUGAAUGACCUCCUCCUCCUCUCACCCCAACCUCUUGCCCACCUCUUGUGUCUGCAUAGAUCAGUGGGAUUUGCUAAAUCCCUAGCUCUGGGAACAAAGUUCCAUGCAUGAUGUCACAUGCUAAAAAGUUUUGUGAAUUCUGAUUGGGCCUGGAGACCUGUCAGUUAUUGGCCCCAGUGACUUCUAGCCUGGAUGUUGUAGCAUUAUUCCCACGGGCUCCAGAACAGCCAUUAGCAAGGUUAACAGAGCUGUGGGACAAAUGGCAACAGGCCUAACAGGUCACUGUAGCUCUUAAUUUGUGCCGGCAGCAUAGGAAAUCCCAGGUGGGCAGUGUGCUUACGGUGGUGAAAGUACAUCUAUAUGUCACCUAAAGCCCAUCUUUUUCCCUGCUUCCAUUUUGCACCCAGAUCACAGCUAGAGUUGACCAUCACCCAUCUAUUCCUGGACAGCAAAGAUUGUUAGUGUGUAGUAGGUUGAGUGGUAUGCUUUGCCUUUGUUUCUUGUGCAGACUGAAAGCCCCCGCUUGCUUGCCCUUGACCUAGUGGGUCGAUUUCAGAGGGGCGGGGGGAGUUGCAUGUCAGUGGGUACAAGUCCUACAUCAAGAAAAGGGGUAGGGGGGCAAUGGGGCUGUAGCAGGAAAAGCAGUUUGUGGGGAGCAGGUCAUUGCAUAAAGUGUUGCUGGAUAAAAGAUCAGGGGUUGCUGAUCAACCAGUCUCUUGGCUUCAGACUCUCACUUUGCUUUUAUUCAUGCACUGUGAGCUCAUUCCAGGAGGUCUGAGGGAAUAAUUGUUUUCUGCACUUCGGAUUAUUAGGAUGAAGAAGGGGCAACUGAAGAAAUGCCCUGCCCCUCCUUUCCUUCUUCCCCCAAGCUCAACUGGGUGAUGUGCAUCUGGUAUGGGGUGCUCUGACAUGCAGGCGAGCAGUUUUCUGUACCCUCAGAAGCUAGUUUGAGGGGAUUGGGUUAUUUCUAAUUUCAAUCACACUCUGCGGUAGAACCCCAGUAAUCCCUGCGUGGAGAGGGACUGCUGAAGAAAAGUUCUUAUAAUCAAGGUCUGGGAUAAACGUGGGGCUUACUGUGAUGUAAGAGAUGAAGGUGCUUUGGCUGUGAUGGUGAGGUAGGGCUACCCAGGGAUGCAGCACAGUAGCAAAACUGAACUUCCUUCCUCACCAAAUUGGUGCUCUCUGCUCACAGCAGGUAUAGCUCUGGCUGGCUAGAGUAGACUUCCAGUGUUCCUAAAGCAACAGUUUACUAGAAGAUCAUGUGCUGACUGCAGUAGACUUUUGUUUUUAUUUCUCAUGCUUCUUUUGUGUACUAAUGGUGAUUUUUUGUUGUGUUUCCGAGAGCUCUAGUUGUCUCAAGGUUUUGGUGGUGAUGCUGUAAACACUCAAGAUAUUUUAGUUCAUGUGUUAGUUGAGUGUUGCUUUAGAAAUGAGUAGGUGAUACAGUGGAUACUGACAAAUAUAGACCAGAUCUAAUGGUCAAAGCACAGGAGUGGGAGUUAGGGACUCCUGCGCUCAAAUCCCAGCUCUUCUACUACUGCUCAUGUGGUUUGGGGUGAGUCGUUUAACCUCUCUGCCUUGGUUUCAUUAUCUACUCUGCAGAGGAGAGGGGAAUAACACUUUACCUACCUCACAGACCUGUUGUGAGGCUUCUUGUCUCUAGAGUGCCUCACAGUUAGAAAUUAUGCUUUAAAUAUUAAUGAAGAGGAAGACGGCAAAAAGUGAACCUGAUCUGGGUUCUUAAACUUUCACCUUUUAAAAAGGGAGGCUGACAAAUGCAGAAAGUUAAUUUGAUACAAGACUUCCCCCGUCCUUUGUGACAGAGGAUUGCUGCUUUGGUUAAGAUACCACAUACCCCUGCAGCUAGUACACUUUUUCAUGCUAUUAGUCAAUAGCGUCUUGAAAAACAGUUGCUUCAGUCUAGUGCUGUUUUUGUUCAAGGGCUGAUGAGUACCUCUGAGCUGGUCCUGAAAUUAAUGUUAUGGAUAAGUGUCUGAAAUGCCAAUGGUAAGACUGCUGACUUCACCUUUGUGGUAACGAUGCUUUCACGUAGGCAAAUGGGGCAACUUAUGUAGCCUGAAGGAUACAUUAUUGGAGAAAUCUAUAUAUCCAGUAGCUCAUGGGGAGCUGUCAUGUAUUUGGACAGAAUGCCACCUCCACUUAGGUUUCUAACUUAUGAUUUUAAUGGCUGGAAUUUUCAUAGAAAGUGGGGCAGGAAACCACAGAACUACUUUGUUUGACAAAAAAUAAAAAAAUCAAGGGCUUUUUUGCUUUAAAGCAUGAUUCCCAUAUUGACAUCUGUUCUUUUUGUUUUUCUCUUUGUGGUAUGUGUAAACCAUGCCAAGGCAGAGUGAUUUCUAUUUUUAGAGCAGAAUCAUAAAGUGUUGGUAGAGGCCAGAUUCUGGCAUGGUGUAAAGCAGAGCUCUCCAGCUUGCAACCUGUAGGCUGCAUGUGGCCCUCCCAAUGGGUCAAUUUGCAGCCCCUAAGCUUUGCUUCUUCCCCAUCGCUCCAACUGCUGCUGCCACCAGAGUCUCUGGGCUUCCACUCUUCCCUCCAACUUCCACUUACUGCCCCUGCAAGUGAUGCCACGAUGUGGGGGGGGGGCCUUUGGGGCAUAGCAGGAGGGUUGCCUAUGCAGUACAGCAUAGUGGGGUGGGGAGGGUGCUGGCAUCUGCCCUACAUGUCACCCUUGGCCAUUCUGAAUUGGACAGCUCUGGUGUAAGGCAGUAUAGUUCCACCCAAAGCAAGGAAGCUCUGAAAAUUUAUGCUAGCUAAGGACCUGGUCACAGACAAAUUGUAGCAUGAAUUAAAACUAGUAUAGUAACACUUAAUGAGUAGUGUUUAAGGAUGAAGUGUAAAGAUAUCCAGAAUAAAACAAUGAACUUUUCAAAGGGGCAUUUUGAAAUCCAAAGUGCAGGGUUUUUUUAAUUGGUUGUUAAAGCCUUAAUAGAUAAGUUUAAUAACAUAUU